UUACGUAAAGGAGGGAAGGUAAGGCGGCGCUUAGACCACGCUGCGCGUGCGCAGAGAUAAGCGCUAUUCUCCCUCCGCCAGGACUUCGCUUGAAUUGUGGAGGACUCUCUGGUUUCCUUAAAGGCCGAUGCUUUUACAUCCGGGGUCCUCGUUGCCUGCCACUCACUCUCACUCUCUCACUCAGCCUUCACAAAACCCAGGGGCGCUCACCGCAGGGAACGCGAAGGACUCGGCGGACUUUCCCCCGUCUGUCCUGCAGAGAAAAAGAGCAGUGGAUUGUUCCCCAACAAUGCUGGAGAUCGAGGAGAAUCUCCAAGCAGCUUUCAAAAAGCUAAGAGUUGAUGCAGAAAGAUCCACUGCUUUGCUUCCUGUGAAUGAGGCGACAUCUCCAAGGGCUCUUGUUAGAACUACAGAAGAAACAAAAGUGAAGAAUGUGUGUGCAAAUAAAGAGAGCUGGCACUGGUGUGUAAAGAAACCUUUGCGAGGAAUAGUGAGAACCCAGCGUCACCGCCAGUCAAAGUCUCCAAUACUCCACCCUCCUAAAUUCAUCCACUGCAGUCCCCAAACGUCUUCUGGCAGCCCGCCCAUGCAUAAGAGCCCGAGUGACACUUCUGAAAGCAGCCCUGGUCUGGAUGUGGUCGCCCCGAAGGAGUCCGCAAAGAAUGACCAGGCCAGUCACCCUCUUGGCAAUGCUGAUCAAAAGCAAGCCAGUGCUGAGCAUUCUGGGGUGUCUACUGUUGAAAUAUCCAACAAACAACCCCCCAACAGGCCUGCUGAUGUCUGUCUUCCCACAGCAAUUCUAAAGGCCACAGGUUUUUCUGACUUCCAUUCUGUGUCUGAGCAAAAUAUAGGGAAUCUGUGUAUGUGCACAGAUGAGGCCUGCCAAUGUAAGCAAUGGCAGGACAUGAAACGAUACAUGUUUUCUGGCCUGCAACACUCUCGCCAAUCAGCAUCUGAAAGACCAGCACAUGUGCAAGAGAGCACCCAAUCUUUCCCAUUAAGAACUUCUUCCAGCUCUCUCAAGUCUUGCUCUGAGCAAGCCAGGGCUUAUGUGGAUGAUGUGACUAUGGAAGACCUUUCAGGGUACAUGGAGUGUUUCUUGUAUAUCCCUAAGAAAAUGUCCCACAUGGCAGAAAUGAUGUACACUUGACAACAGUGGGCUCUAGUGAGAAAAGGACUUUGGUUUCUGCCCUUGGUCACACUCCAUCUCAUAAGCAGCUGCUCCCUGUGCUUGUAAUAAAGGCACUUUGCAUCACAACCAACAUGUUCUUUACACUUGUUAGUUAACCCCACCUCUGAAACCAGGUGCCUGCAGAUGCAGUCAACAAGAUCAGGGAAUAAUGCUGUCUUGUAUAGGCCAAUAAAUGGGUAGUUCAGAUAACUGACGAACAUCAAGAUUGGACAGUUGUGAUUCUGCAAAUCUGUUCAGAUGGAAUACGAAUGUUUGACUUUUGAGACCUAAUGCAGCAUCUUGUCUACCUGUGAUAACUUUUGCAGUGAUGGCUUACAACUUCUGUACAGAUCCAUGAGUUAUUGUAACCAAUGGGGGGAAACAAACAGUUCCAAUGUUUUGUUAUCUUGUCUCUUUUCUUGAUAUCUGGGUCUUCUCCAGAUGCCUGAUUUAGUUUUGGGAAGUACAGUGUUUAUCAGCUAAAUGAGGACUUGAAGUGUAAAUUUUCUUCCUUAACUGGAGGAAAAUGUAUUUCUUACUUUUACAGAAGAUUAUUCUGUAGGAUUCUAGCAAUAACUAAUGGGGAAUCUAAACUUUGAUUAAGUAAUGCAAGAUAUGGACAGAUGUAUGAAUAAGACAGUCUGGCCUCUAGAUGUCAGCCGUGCUCCAUAUCCAUGAUGAAAUGCAACCUUUGCCAGGGGUUAUACUUGUGCAUAAACUAAGCUUCUUGCAGCAUCUACCUGAAAUGAAAGCUAAAUGGCUUUCCUAUAAUAUUUGCAGCUUCUUGCAGCAUCUACCUGAAAUGAAAGCUAAAUGGCUUUCCUAUAAUAUUUGCAGCAAGGAAGUGGGUCUUUAUAUACAGCCCUUUAUGUUUACAGCUACAAAGAUAAAGUCUGUCAAAUGUUUAUACUUUGUGCUAGAGACAGUUGGCAUAAUAUGUAAAUGAGAUGUGGUCUGUUUUUAAAAGGCAAUAAUACAUCUGUUUGAAUUUCUAGACUAAUAAAAAGUUGUGCUGCCUCAGGGUAGCAUAAAACAUGCUUGGGAA